CCUAUAGGUCUCUUUCUCAUUGCAGACACAAGGCAAGUACAGCCAUCUCCGCCAUGGUCCUACGACCAGUCCUACCAGUACCUGGGCUCCAUUGCCACCCCCUCCGUGCACCCCGCCACACCGAUAUCACCCGGCAGGGCUAGUGGCAUGACAUCCCUCACCGCAGAGCUUUCAAGCCGGCUGUCAAGUGCUUCUGACUUGACUGCGUUCAGUGACCCUCGGGUGGGAAUCGAUCGCUCCUUCUCCGGGCUCCCCUCCAUCUCCGACCCUCGGAUGCACUACCCGGGAGCUUUCACCUACACGCCGACACCCGUCAGUUCAGGGAUAGGAAUUGGUAUGUCUGCCAUGUCCACGGCCACGAGAUACCACACUUACCUCCCGCCUCCCUACCCCGGCUCGUCGCAAGCCCAAGGCAGCCCGUUCCAGACCAGCUCGCCCUCCUACCACCUCUACUAUGGAACCUCCGCCGGCUCCUAUCAGUUCUCCAUGAUCUCGGGGGGAGACCGGUCCCCGCCACGCAUCCACCCACCCUGCACCAACGCCUCCACGGGAUCGACGCUCCUCAACCCCAACCUCCCCAACCAAAGCGAUGUGGUCGAGGCAGAAGGGAGCCACAGCAACUCCCCCACUAACAUGGCCACCACAGCGAGGCUAGAGGAAGCGGUGUGGCGACCAUACUGA